GAGCCUAAAGACCAGGGGUACUUCUCCCAGUUUGUGACUCUGCCAGCGGUGCGAUGCGCCAUCCAUGUGGGGAACCUAACAUUCCACGACGGCUCAGAGGUGGAGAAGCACCUUCUGCAGGACGUCAUGAAGAGCAUCAAACCGUGGCUUGGGGUGCUGAUGGAUAAAUAUAGAGUCUUAAUGUACAGUGGUCAGCUUGAUGUAAUUGUUGCGGCUCCACUGACUGAGAGGUUCCUGCCUACUGUCAACUGGACCGGGGCAGCUGAGUACAAAACAACCCCACGCUUCCACUGGAAGGUUCAGCCCAGCGACACAGAGGUGGCUGGUUAUGUGAGACAAGUGGGAGAGUUUUACCAGGUAAUCAUCCGAGGAGGAGGACACAUUCUGCCUUUCGACCAACCGGAGAGGUCCUUUGACAUGAUUGACAGAUUCCUUUCAACACGAGGCUGGAUAUGAAGUGUUUUGGUGCUGAUAUAUAAAUAUAUAUACAGUGAGGGAAAUAAUUAUUUGAUCUCUUGCCGAUUUUGUAAGUUUGCCCAUUGACAAAGAAAUAAACAGUCUCUAAUUUUAA